ACAUUUCACGAGUUAGCGAAAAAAUUUGACAUCUCGAAUUUGAUGGUAGAAAAUAAAUACAUUAUUUUCCUUGCAUUUCGAGUUUUCCCAAUUUUUUUACAAGAAUUAUAAAUUAAAUACAAUGAGACAUCAAUUGUUUCUUGCUCGUACCGUUUUGGUACAAAAUAGCAAUGUUGAUGAAGCUUGUCGAUUGUUAAAUCGAAUUCUUGGAAAAGAAGAAAUCUUCGAUCAAUUUCGGCGAACAAGGCGCUAUGAGAAACCAUUCCAAGUUCGUCGUAGGGUAAAUUUUGAAAAGUGUAAAGCCAUCUAUAAUGAGGAUAUCAAUAGGAAAAUUCAAUUUAUCCUGAGGAAGAACCGCGUGGAACCAUUCCCUGGCUGUAGUUGAAUUUGUAUCAAGAGUAUCUUAGUUUGAAAUUGUGAAAUUUAUUUGAUUUUUGUCAAAUAAAAUAGAAACUUAAGAAGUUACAA